CAAUGCCUUCUGGGUACCUGUUCCUUACGAAAGCAACUAGAUCUUCAAACGAUCCGGAUAAACAAAUCAGAUCCUCGCUGUCUGGAUUACAGCCAUCGUUUUGUUUGAAAUGCAGCGGAAGCUGGUUACACUAUCAAACGAUAGGAACCAACCUUGCACUCCAUGUCCAAAAAUGGCUGACAAGACACCGAAAGAGUCUUCAGCGCCUUAUGCGACCAGGAUAGACCCCAUGAAGGCUGAGCUUUCCAACGAGCACAUACACUUCAUCAGACAAGUGGAGCUCCAGCAAUGGAAGAAGAGGGUGGGGACGCUCCGGACGCGGAACGUGCUGACAGGACUGACCAUCGGAGCCCUGGUAGUGGGCAUCUACGGCUACACGUUUUACUCUGUGUCCCAGGAGCGGAUCAUGGAUGAUUUAGAUCAAGAGGCCAAUCUUGCAAGACUGAGGGAACCCAAGACCGGUGCAAACUGACCAUAACCCUAACCCCCCCCCCCCCAGCCGCGAUGCUUCGGAUCUCAGCUGCAGCUGAACCUGAGGAAGAGCAAUGUAUGGACAUAACUGCACUGUUUCCCCCGACUGGCAUUUCUGAGGCGCUUACGGACUUUUCUAUCCUUAUUGUAUAGGGUGUUGCGGUGUUAUGUUGCCAAACUGAAUCCACCGGUGGUAUGUUGAUUGAUUAAUGUGUUCGAUUAAAUGUCUAAUCAUGAAAUGACUGAGCCUAAUGAUGAACCUCGUCAUCGCCGUCUGAAAGUAACUGCUGCUGUAUGCAACUCAAAAUACACUAAAGCAAAGACCUGAGAUUAAAAAACAUAAGUCAUGCAUUGAUCUUCUGCGAUAUUAAUGAAGCAGAUGAAAUAAAAUACCUGGGGCCUCAAAGCGGCCCCAGGGAUGCGUCAAUCUGUUCUGUUUAGUAUACCAUCAUUCCAUGUUUAUGAUUUUGAUUUACAUUAGUCAUGUGGAAUUGCUGGAAUUAAUAUUUUACAACCCAAUUAUAGUAUCCGAUAAAAAUGUCACCUUGAGACAGCCCAUGACAAAAUCAUGAAUUUCAAGAUAAAAACAAACAAGACAGUAAUUGCAAUAACAUUUAUUCAAUUUCUCAAAAUAUAAUUCAUGGAGCUUGAUCCAGCCUCCAAUGUCAUGGGUUACGAUAUAAAAUAAGACAUCGCAAAAAGAAAGGCACAGAUUCAGCCUGAAAGGACAGCAGCAUUAAAGAGAAAUACAAUUCAAUAUUUACAUUUAAAAUGUAUAGAUGCAUAAGGUUCUCUUUUGAAUAUAUUACGGAAAUCUUAAAACAGAUAUCUGGAGGGAGGGGAGUGUUUCAUGUAACUAAGGCAACGGCUAGAGGUUCACAGCUUUUAAAGAUCUCUAUAUACAACAAAAUACUAGCAAACUUUAACCUUGGGAUUGCAGUUAAUAUAGUGGAAGUAUACACAACAUUUUGUUUCAUCCAUUUGGAAUAAUAUAAUUGAGUUCUCUGUGAAGAAAAGACACCCCAAGAGGAAAAAGAUUAAACGAACCAGAACACAUUUGUUGUCCGAUAUUAUUUUACACGUUAUUGUACACGUAUAAGAGCAAAUAUAAAGGACUAAAGUGCGGAAGGUGCUUAAUCUAUCAGGCAACAAGUCAGUUGAUUAUGCUUACGCAAGAAAUAUAUAGUUGAAAAGAUCUUUAGUUUCCUCAUAAGGCUAUAAGCAAAAAUAUUUUAAAUAAUGCAAAAAUACACAUUACAAAGGGAAGGCCAGCGGUCAAAUCCCAAAUAAAAUAAAAACAAAACAAUUUGUUCCAUCGCUAUUUAAGAAAAGUCCACUUUUUUUUAUUGCCAUUUAACUUGUUCUAUUUUAUCGAACAGCUAUACAAUGAUCUUAAUCUAGGAGAAGGAUAACAAAUGAAACUCACACGGUUAAGCAAACACUUUCAGAGUGCUGAUUGUCAGCGUCUCGAUUGGGUGUUGACGCGCUCAACAGAUCACAUCCUAAUCCUCAGAGGGGAACAUGAUGGGAACCCACAAGAUCACAAUAGCCUCCCAAGACUACUCAACAGAAGUCUGCUGCGAGUACAUAUUUCAGAAUCCUAGCUAAGCCUCAAUAUCCUGAAGCCCUUGUGCUUGAUAAAAUAUCCCCACAAAUACCUUUUUAGACUAGGUAAAGUAUGAUAAAGCUUUUCGAAAUACAUGUGAUCAACAUGUAAUUAGGCUGAAAUGUACAAUCUCUUUUCAGUAAUAGGAAGGCAUUAACUAUACAAAUAAUAUUGUCUUCCACAGAGGCUACACUCAGAAAGCACUGUUUCAUAAAUAGACUGCAGCACGUUGCCUCUCAUUAUCCCAAACCUUUACCAAGGUCAGUCAAACGUCAGCGGCAGUGAGACAGAAACAAGAAGAAAUAAAAAAUUAAUCGAGUUGGCUUAAUACAGAAGCUUUGAUCCCUCCAUAUUCACAAAACACUAACGUGGAAUUGAACACACGGUUCAGCAAUCUGUUUAAAGCAAAUUCACAUGAGAUCAGCUCUCCUUUUGUUUUUUGGUUUGGUCCAAGUCUUGAGAUAACCACGUGAAUAGUUUAGUAGGUAGUUGAUAGCCACCGUUGCAAUGAAUUCACCGGUCCCAAUCUAGGGGCUUUGGUUCCUGUGUCAAUAGGAUGUAGAGAUUGUGGAGAUGAAUUCCUGUUGACAGUGACAGUGCCUUGUGUUCGAGGGCUUGUAUUGUCUUCAGAGAUGACGGGAAUACAUUUCUGGUGUCAGUGAACCGAUUGAGAAUGAGCGUAAGGAUCGGUUUGACCGCUGCAGUCAUUACUCGGAUGAGGUAGUCCGGAUGUGAACGCUUGCUGGGCUGAAGGUUCUUACUGGGGAAGGAGAGGAGAAACAAUGCAUCAUGUAAAUAUUUCCACUUAGCUCUGUGAAAAGUGAAAACCAGUAAAAAAUGUUGUUGGGUUCCCUGGCCCAGUGGUUCCCAGUCAGUGUGAUGGUCACGGAUGUAGGUCAAAGCAACGCUAGUAAGGGAUCGAAAACAAAGUAUCUCCUAUGUAAAAUAUAACUAGUACUAUUAAAGAUUUAUUUAAUUAUUCCACUUGAUACCAGUUCUCGCUCCAUUUCAAUCCAUAUUAUGACCCCUAAAGAAUUAGCCCGUUGUAUUUUGCUGAGGCUGUAGUAUCUGUAUGUUUCCCUGGAGAUCGGAGCAUGGCGUUUGAUGUCAGGAACAUGGAGGUUCUCUCACCAUUCUAUUGAUGUCCGUGGAGAAGGUCACCCCUUUGCUUGGUUUGUCCUGUGAGCUGCUGCUGCUGCUGCUGCCGCCACCCAGGGAGUUCCUCCUGAUGAUGCCUGGGAAAACAAACAAGACAGGGCAUCAAUUACAAUUAC